AUGUCUUCUGUGUCGCCAUUACAGGGCAGUGCUAGUUAUUGCAUACCCAAUAUAAGUUUGCUCUCCUUGCGCCCACCACGAAAUCAAGGAUUUGACGUUGCAAUAACCAGCUUGGACUGCUAUCAGCGGUCCGGAGUCAUGUUUCAACAGCCCAAGCAUAGCAGCCGCAGCAGCAGCAGCGGCGGCGGCGGCAAAAGAAGCACAAUGGUGCUAACUGGCGUACUGGUACAACACCAACCGCCACCAUCAGCGUCAUCAUCAUCAUCACCGACAGUGGCGGGCUGCAAAAAAAAAAGCUCAGCUUCAUUGCGGGUUUUGGCUCAACUGCAAGAAACCAAUCACGCAUUUUUGGCACAAAUGUUGGCUCAAAACCAAGCUAUUUUGGAAGAUGUUAUUUCGAGGAACAAGAGCUCUUUGGUGAUACCUUCGUUCAGAAAUUUCAAUAGUGGAACAGAACAAUGGUCAACAUAUCAAUUUCAAUUGGAACAGCAUAUGAUAGCAAGUUCUGUAAAAUGUGAAGAUACGAAGCGGUCUUGUUUUCUUAGCUGGGUUGGAUCUGAUGUUUUGGAGCUUUUGCAAAGGCUAUUUGAUGGGAAAGCAGAAGUACAACCAUUCAAGGAGUUAGUUACCGCAUUAGAAAAGCAUUUUGGAAGUCAACAGCACAUUUUAGCCGCUCGAUUUAAAUUUUAUAAUCAAACAAGAAUGAAGGAGAAUCAGAAAUACGUUGAUUGGGUUGCAGAUCUAAGAGGUGUAGCCAGAGAAUGUAAUUUUACGUGUGAAAAUGAAUACUGCAGACAAUCCUACAUCGAUAACAAAAUAAGGGAUAUGAUUGUGUUAUACACUCCACAUAAGAAAGUCCGAACAGCUUGUUUGCAAAAAUCAAAUCCAUCUUUAGAAGAGGUGCUGAAAAUUUGUUCAAUUUUUGAAGCAACUGUUAAGGCGUCGGAUGAGAUCGAAGAUACUAAGGAGCCGACAAAUGAAGUUCACGCUAUUCAACGUUAUAAUGUUUCAGAAAGUAAAUCAAAGGGAAAGCUUACUUUCAAGAAUUUACAGUCUUGUCCAGGCUGUGGAAAGUCUCAUCAGAGAGAAGAAUGUUAUCACUUUAAGAAUAGAACCAGAUGCAAUAGAUGCUCGAAGCUUGGACAUAUAUCGAAAGUAUGUCAAGCACAAGGUAAGCUUGGAAAUAGUCAACAAAUUCAUGAAAUGGAGGUAGAGGAAUCGUCUAUAAGUCACGUUGAAGCAAUCGACACCGUCAAUAAUGGAAAGAAUGAUAAACUCAUGAUCACUAUUAAGGUAAAUAACGAAGAAUUGCCAUUUCAAUUAGACACUGGAGCUUCAUGCUCAUUGAUUGGACUUGACGUCUACAAGAAAUUAAAACAACCUUUGUGUAGUCCAAGUAAUAAAACAUUAAAAGCGUAUGGAGGAGCUAUGUUGGCUCUAAAAGGGGUGGUUAAUGUGGAUGUUAAGGUCGGCAACCAAACACGAAAUUUACAACUUUACGUUGUUGAUUUGGAAAAUGUUGUGAACAUAUUUGGAUUCGAUUGGUUUAAAGAAUUUGAUUUUCAGAUAAAAAGUCCAUACAAUAACCUAGUGAUCGAAAACUGCUUGCAAGUUUCAAAUGACUCUCUUACGGAUUUAGAAUGUAGAUUGAAACAAGUCUUAAACAAUUUCAAUGAAGUUUUUUCUGAAGGACUUGGACACUGUCCAACGUUUAAAGCAGAUAUUACCCUUAAGUCCGAUGCAGUUCCAAAAUUUAUGAAACCUUACAAUAUUCCAUUUGCGUUACACGACAAAGUUCGACAGGAAAUUGACCGUUUGGUCUCCAAUGGCGUCAUAGAGCCAAUAAAUUCGAGUGAAUGGGCUUCGCCAAUUGUGGUGGUUCCAAAACCAAAUGGUUCCAUAAGGGUUUGCGCCGAUUUUAAAGUUACUUUAAAUCCCCAAAUAAAAACUGAAAGAUAUCCCAUACCAAGAAUCGAAGAAUUAUUCCACAAACUUCAAGGAGGUCGGUAUUUCUCUAAAAUUGACUUGAGUGAAGCAUAUUUGCAGAUUGAAUUGUCUGAUGCAGCAAAAAGAAUUAUGGUUAUAAAUACUCCUUUUGGUUUAUAUCAAUAUAAGCGUAUGCCUUUCGGGAUUGCAAGUGCACCCGCAAUUUUUCAGAGAUUUAUGGAGGAAACAUUAGCAGAUAUUCCUGGAUGCGCAAUUUACCUUGAUGACGUAAUUAUAACAGGAAAAACAAACAGUGAACAUAUUCAGAACUUGACUAAUGUGCUGGAGAAACUAAAAUAUCAUGGACUCAAAUGUAAAACUGAGAAAUGUGAGAUUUCGAAAUCUUUGGUCGAAUAUGUAGGCCACAUUAUUGACUGUGAUGGUAUAAGACCUUCAGAAAAACGUUUGGCUGCAAUUCAAAAUAUGCCAAGGCCAUCAAAUAUUAAAGAAUUGAAAUCAUUUAUAGGAAAAAUUUUUGUUUUGUUUCACAGAUUUCCUGAUGGCUCUGAAAAACCAAUAUGCUUUGCUUCAAAAACGCUGAAUGCUUCUCAAGUUAAUUAUUCUCAAAUAGAGAAGGAGGCUCUUGCCAUAAUAUUUGGUGUGACCAAGUUUCACCAGUAUCUAUAUGGUAGACACUUUGAAUUAGUAACAGAUCAUCAAGCUCUUACUACAAUAUUUCAUCCCUUCAAAAAGCUUCCUAUCAUGACAUUGCAUCGACUUCAACGCUGGGCCAUUACACUGCAAGCAUACGAAUAUUCUAUAAAGUAUAAAACAACUUCUCAUCAUGCAAACGCUGACGCAUUAUCAAGAUUGCCAAUGGGAGAUAAUAAAGAAUUCGAUAAAACUGAAGCGGAGGUGUUAUAUAUUGAUGAUGUUUAUAAUACGAUAUUGCAAGACUGUCCUAUUGAUUCCGAAACUGUAGCAUUGCACACAAAAAGCGACGAAACACUAAAAGUUAUCACGAAUUAUGUGAAAAAUGGCUGGCCGGAGGAGAAUAAAUCGGAGGCUUCUUUCAAUCCGUAUUUUGCAAGAAAAUAUUCGAUUUCUAUCGAAAAGGAUGUGCUUCUUCUGCACAAUGAACACUCACGUGUAAUAGUUCCAAGCUCACUUCGCUCAAAAGUUUUGAGUAUGCUACAUGACGGACAUUGGGGUGCAUGUAGAAUGAAGCAAUUAGCAAGAAGAUAUGUGUGGUUUCCGAAUAUUGACCAAGAAAUUGAGAGUAUGGCAAAAAAAUGUACGAUUUGUCAAGAAAAUGGGGAUAAUCCGAAACAAGUAUUUUCUGCAUGGCCCGAAGCUGAGCUACCAUGGGAAAGAAUACACAUUGAUUUUGCUGGUCCAUUUUUAAACAAAAUGUGGCUUAUUGCAGUUGAUUCGUACUCCAAAUUUCCUUUUGUCAGGCCAGUAUCUGUAGCUACCUCGGGAUCAACUAUAGCAGCUUUACAAAGGUUUUUCGCAAUUGAAGGUCUACCACGUACCAUUGUAACUGAUAAUGGUACACAAUUCACGUCAUCUGAAUUUAAAAGGUUUUGUGAAGUAAACGCUAUUGAGCAUCUGACAACAGCCCCGUUUCAUCCGGCUUCGAAUGGAUUAGCUGAACGUUUUGUUCGAACUUUUAAGACAGCUUUUACUAAGAUAAGUAAGGAACAACCAAAUCAAGAACAGGCGUUGUACAAGUAUUUGGUAACAUAUAGAUCAACACCAAACCCACAUACUGGUAAAUCUCCAGCAGAAUUACUUCACGGUCGUCAGCCUCGUACAAUUUUAACCGCAAUGUUUCCUGUGAAGCACGAAUUAUCAAAAUUUUCUUCGAAGUUAUCUAUUGGUCAAAAGGUUUAUGUACGAAAUUUCUCUGGUAAAAAACGCUGGGUUGAAGGAGAAAUAAAAGCAACAAUGGGAAAUUUAAUGUUUACAGUAAAAACAGCGCAGGGCGAAGUCCGAAGGCAUCAAAAUCAAAUAAAAAGCAGAAUAGAAACGAGUGGAAACAAUAUAACUAAACAAUGUCAUGUAUCAAAAAAGACAGCUAAUGACGAUAUAGACAUAUUAAUUCCAGAUAACUAUUCUAAUAUGAAUCCAAGCGUAGAAACAAGUGAACGACACUCAACAGUUAUCGAACAAACCAACAUCGCAAGCAGUUGUGAGAGGUUAGAACCAGCUAAUCAAGCUUCAGGUCAAACCACAAUUGUGGAAGCUUCCCAAAAUAUGCAAUCCAACGGACAAGGAACUAGCGGAAAACAAAACUGUCAAAACAGCGAAAUGUCACGCCCCUGUGGAAAACGUCGACAACAGUUUAUCCCCAGAAGAUCGGAAAGAAUUCGGAAAAGAUUUAAAGGGAAAGCAAAUUAA